GCCGGGAAAGGAGGAGGAGGAGAAGGCGGCGGCGGCAACUCACUUUGCCAGCACUUUGCCAACUCUCCCAGCCCGAGGCAGCCUCUUUUUUCCCUGCGCGCCAAGCCGGCUUGGCAAGCGCUUUGCCCCGCUGCGGGGCUCCGUCGAGGCGCCGCGGGAAAGGCUUCGGGGAAGGACAGGGGGGCGUCUUUUUAGGGGCAGCCAAGAGGAGGAGGAGGGCUCGGCGCUCUCUCUUUCUCUCUCUCCCCGCCGAGGGAACCGCCUCACGCCUGACCUCCCGUACCCCGGGGCGACUUGGGGCAGCCUUGCCAGCGGGCUGCAAGAGCGAGGAAGGAAGGGAGCCUGCCCGUCGGUGGAAGCAGGAGGAGGGCGGUGGACAGAAAGCGCCCGGAACGGAUGGUCCCGCUCGUCCCCGUUGAGGGGAGGAAAGGCAUCCAGGGAGCGACGCGGGACCUUCUCGGGAAGGAGGCGGCGUGGCAAGCGGGAUAGCUUCUCCUGAAGAAGAUAAGACACUGCUUUCCAUAUUGCCCAAGAACCACAGGACAAAGAGUUUCAUUUCUCCUCUGUGAGGGAAUUUUUCGCUGGCAGGCUCUUGAAAAAUACAAUCUUUUCCCAUGGAUAAAAUUCUCACAUUGUCUCAAGAUGUCUGGGAGCUACUUCACCGCCUGAGGAUGAAGAGCAAGUACGCCAUUCUUCUGGUCUUUGUGGUAGCCCUUGUCAUAAUUGAGAAGGAGAACAACAUCAUCUCAAGGGUUUCAGACAAACUGAAGCAGUCACCACAGUCCCUGCCGGAAGCCAACAGCACCGAUUCCGGGUUGAUGCUGCCAGAGAAUGGCUCCCUCUUGUCACUCAGCGCACUGGAUCUUGCCUUCUCCCAGCUUAAGGACAGGUUGCAGAACAUCACUUUGCAGCUCGGUGGGACUCUCCUGGCCCCCACUCAAAGGACACGGAAACAUGUUCUCCUCAUGGCCACCACCCGUACCGGAUCUUCCUUCGUAGGGGAAUUCUUCAACCAGCAGGGCAACAUUUUCUACCUCUUUGAACCCCUGUGGCAUAUAGAAAGGACCGUAUCUUUCGAAUCGGGCGGUGCAAAUGCGGUGGCCUCGGGCCUUGUCUACAGAGAUGUUCUGAAGCAGCUCUUCCUCUGCGACCUUUACAUUUUGGAAAACUUCAUCGUCCCAUUCCCCGAGGAUCACCUGACUCAGUUUCUCUUUCGGCGGGGUUCAAGCCGCACGCUGUGCGAGGAGCCCGUUUGCACCCCCUUUGUCAAGAAGGUCUUUGAGAAGUACCACUGCAAGAGCCGUCGCUGCGGCCCCCUGAAUGUGACUCUGGCCAUGGAGGCCUGCCUGCGGAAGGAACACAUGGCCCUUAAGGUGGUCCGAAUCCGACAGCUAGAAUUCUUGCGCCCGUUAGUCGAAGACCCCCGCCUGGACCUGAGGAUAAUUCAGUUGGUGCGGGAUCCUCGGGCGGUGCUGGCCUCCCGCAUGGUGGCUUUUUCGGGUAAGUAUGAAACCUGGAAGAAGUGGGCUAACGAAAGGGUGGCCACCCUUAACGCGGAUGAAGUCCAGAGAUUGAGGGGCAAUUGUGAAAACAUCCGACUCUCGGCUGAACUUGGUUUGAAGCAGCCAUCAUGGCUCCAGGGUCGCUACAUGCUGGUCCGCUAUGAGGACAUUGCCAGGUCUCCUCUCCAGAAAGCCCAGGAGAUGUACAAAUUCACUGGCAUCGCUCUCACCACGCAGGUGGAGGACUGGAUCCGGAAAAACACACAGGCCCCUGAAGAUAGCAACGGCAUCUACUCCACCCAGAAAAACUCCUCCGAACAGUUUGAGAAGUGGCGAUUCAGCAUCCCCUUCAAACUGGCACAGGUGGUCCAGAACGUCUGCACACCAGCCAUGAAACUCUUUGGCUACAAGUUGGCCAACAGUGCCGAGACUCUUACCAACAGAUCCAUCAGCUUGCUGGAAGAGAGGAGGAACUUCUGGGUCACGUAAAGGUUUGCCUUCAUUGGUGGAUUUUUUUCUCUCCAGUCAUAGCAUUCUUUGAAUUGAGAAGAAAGUGAAUGCAAGAAUAUGUAUAUUGAGGAAGGAACACAUGGGCAGGAAAUGUUGGGGGAUAGGUUGCUUCCACUGGUCUUGAGCAUUCAAGCAAAGAGCUUUUGGCUUUAUCUGGAAGCAAGCAUCACUUGCUAGCAUAUUUGACACUUCCAGGUGGAUUUUAAUGGGACCACAACACUUGACACAAGGAAGUAUUCUGAAGCUAACACAGAGUGGAGGAUUACACCCUGUGUCCCAGUUUCCCUACCUCAUGUCCACAUGCUUUCUGUCGGAGAUGUUGUCUCUCACCUUCACCAAACGUCCAAAGAGAGUGAAUGUUUUAUAUUUAAAAAUAAAUUUAUCACUUGGAAGAAAAACCAUGGGCUUUUUGACUUGCAGAAAACCUGCGAGAGAAGCAGAAUGUUGCACUGAUCUCCUCUAAGGCAGCCUUAAAGAAUCUGUCAACCAGAUAUUUGGGAAGGGAAGGAAAGAAAAGCUAUUUAGCACCACUGACAGCGAGAAAGCUGCUCCAUGUAUAGACAGAGCGUGUUUUGUACACGUUUUUCCCUAAAACCCUCAGAUAAAUUGAGGCCUUGUUUUAAAUGGUGUGACUGGAGAAGAGAGAUGCAUGGCAUAGAACAGAGGUGGCUCUUACCUGUGAGAAGACUUUGGGCCACACACAGUUUUAUGCACUUAGUACUGUUUUUAUCCUAACUCACUCAGUGCUUUGAGAGAUUUAAAGCAAACAAGCAAUGAAAUAUUCUAAGAGAAAGAGACUGGAACAAUAGUCACCCUAUCUCUGUGGACAUGAACUUUUCUUAUGCCAUUAGUGGUUGUGCUGUCCAUUAGCCUUUUCUUUUUUUUUAAGUAUUUCGUCUACUUUUCUUACUUAUCUCUGAAUCAGUUGCUUCAUCUGGUGUCUGGAACACUAAAGUGAAGAAUGCUGCUUUCUCAUCCCAUGAAAGGAAGCGGCGGCUUUUAAUUGUAUUUUUCCUCCUUCACCCCUAUAAUUGUUUCUGUCCUUCAAAGUGAUGUUGGAAAUUGACAGUACUUCCCUUCUGUAAUUUCUGGGGAGAUGGUUUCUUCCAAGCCACAUUUGUUGAAGCAGAAAGAGGGAAAUCUUGGAAGCAUUUGGUGGGAUGCAAUUUUUUUUACUGCCGGUUCUGUGAGCGUGGCUUUGUGGCAGUGGAAGGGGAAGG